GCGAGCGAGCGGGCGAGGCCAGCGCCGGGGCCGGGCCGCUUCCUUCUCGCCGCCGCGGCGUCCUGAGCUCCGGCCGCGAUGGCAGAGGCUGAGCGGGGUUGAGCCCGCCGCCGCCCGCAAACCUGCGGGCCCCCAGAGUCCCUGCCAUGGCGAAGCAGUACGAUGUGCUGUUCAGGCUGCUGCUAAUUGGGGACUCCGGGGUGGGCAAGACCUGCCUGCUGUGCCGCUUCACCGACAACGAGUUCCACUCCUCGCACAUCUCCACCAUCGGUGUCGACUUUAAGAUGAAGACCAUCGAAGUAGAUGGCAUCAAAGUUCGGAUACAGAUUUGGGACACAGCAGGGCAGGAGAGGUACCAGACCAUCACAAAGCAGUAUUAUCGGCGGGCCCAGGGAAUAUUUCUAGUCUAUGACAUUAGCAGUGAGCGUUCUUACCAGCACAUCAUGAAGUGGGUCAGUGACGUGGAUGAGUACGCACCAGAAGGAGUCCAGAAGAUCCUCAUCGGGAACAAGGCUGAUGAAGAGCAGAAGCGGCAGGUGGGAAGAGAGCAAGGGCAGCAGCUGGCUAAGGAGUAUGGCAUGGACUUUUACGAAACAAGUGCCUGCACCAACCUCAACAUUAAAGAGUCCUUCACUCGUCUGACGGAGCUGGUGCUGCAGGCCCACAGGAAAGAGCUGGAUGGUCUCCGAACACGUGCCGGCAAUGAGCUAGCAUUGGCAGAGCUGGAGGAAGAGGAAGGCAAACCUGAGGGCCCAGCGAACUCUUCAAAGACCUGCUGGUGCUGAGGGUCCUGUGUGGAAUCCCCCCCCCACCGCAACUCCCUUCCCUCAGGAGGCCAGUGGAAGCAGGGGAGUCUGGGCUUUGCCCACUGCUGUCCUUGCAUUUGAUGACCCUGUUGAAAAUCAGUAGCUGCUACUCCCCUGCCUGGCCCUGCGAGCAGCUCUGCUAUGGCCUCUGAGCAGCCUGUGCCCCUAGCCCCUCUGCCCUGGAGUGGUAACCUUCAGCCUGUUUUCCCAGCCACAGGCCUGCUGUGAUCCCAGAAUGUGCUGUGACCAUCUCACCACCCCGAGCUCCUGGGACAAUGGUCAAGCAGGAGUCAAGGCCGCUUAAAGACUCAUUUCUUAGUGCAUCUGUGUACUCUUUCUCUCCUUUGGCUCCAUCUGCUUCCCUCCGGUGUAUUCCGCAUCCCUGUCUCUCCUCUCCCGCUGCCUGCCUGUGUGUCUGCUGUGUCUGCUGCCUGACUGCUGUUGCAGGUCCCUCCCUCCCUCUUGCCCCCUCCCUCCCGCUCCCCCUCUCUUCCUGACUCUGCCUAAGGGAACGGACCCAGGCUCUGCCCCUGGGAGGAUGACCCACCCUACUCUGGGGUGGGCCUAAGGCUCCCGGUGCUCCUUCCUCCCCCCUCCCCACAGCCCCUCCCUGAGCCAUGGGCUGCCUCCCCAGUGACCUGGGAGAGUAGAACACUGAGGUGGGAAGGGAACACUCCUCAUUGGUCCUCAGGCCUGGGCUGGCCUCCUCUGCCUUUGCCUUUUGCUGAAACCUUGCCUGGCUGCCUACAGACCGGUGAGGAACUGAGUCCCGAGGCAGGCAUAGCAGAGAAGAAAACAAAAGGAUGAGGGGUGGCAGGGACAAGUCACCUCUAUUCUCUACCUCCUGUGCAGAGUACAUGACCUCUUCACCUGGAUUCCUGAAUUUAAAGAUGGGGGUCGAGGCCUGAGGACGCUGAAGGGCAGGGGGAGUCCUGGGGCCAGACACUGUGUAGUCAACUGUAAGCUCUAGAAAAAGGCGAAGGCAGUUGUGAAGGGCUCGAUCCUAGGUGGCAAGGUUGCAAAACUGAUUGCUGUGUUGGCAGCAGGGCCUCUGGUAUGGGAAUAUUUACCCAGACUCCCUGGCAAAGGUGAGAAGUGACGUAACCACGUCACUCUUCUUUCACUGAAUCCAACCUUCAGAAGGUAAGGUUUCCUUGGGCCCCAGAGUCUGUGGGCAACAGGCCUUAAAACAUGGGGAGAGAGGGCAGCCAUGGGCAGAAGUGCUUGGUGCCGUCUGCGUCCAAGACUCCCUCCUCUUGCCCCCUUACUUGUAAGUAGACUUCUGGCAUUGCUGAGUAACUACCAAAGGAGGGAAAAGGAUGCCCUCCUCCAGAGGUCUAUGCUCAGGAAGCUUCUUUAACCCCGUGGUCCAAGGGUAGUUUGAAGGAGGCCCCUACCAAGAAAACAUGCUAGGGGCCAUCCUUACAUUCCCAAGCUGGGAGGAGCUCAGGUAAGAGAAUAGUCCCAGCACUGAGUGGCUGGGACUGGAGCCAAAGCCAAGAAAAAUUGGGCCCUGACUGAGCAUUCUCCAACCAAGGACCUUUCAGAUCCAGGGCACAGAUGUGAAGACAAAGAGCCUUACACCCUUUCAGUCCUCCAAAACGGGUAUGGGGAUGGAGUCACCGGAACUUUCAUCCUGACUUAGCAAACCAGGAAACAGGCAGCAGGAGAGAGCAGCUCAGGCUCUCUGGUGGAGGAAAGUGAGGGAAUAGUACAUUGUUCACUGAGAAAGACAAGCUGGCUCUGAGACUGCGCCAUGACUGACUGAGGUGGCUUCCUUGGGACGGUAUCACACAGCAGGGGAACAGACUUGCCUUCUGCCAGGGAUCUGAGAAACCCAGGGCACUGGUUCUAACCUGUGACAAGUGUCACUGUCCUGCUCUCCCAGCUCCUCAAGAAAGUACCCUAAGGAUUCUGGGAGGGAAAACAUGGGGUUGGGAUUCUGUGGACUCCGUGAUAUGGUCACAGCUCUGGCAGCAGAAGAAUGGCUGAGAUUUUGGGGUGCGCCUUGCUCACUCCAUUCUGGAGUUUGGGUCACCCUAACUGCAGGUUUUGGAGGUGGCUUGGGCUGUGUCAUUGGCCUUGACUGUUCAGCAGGCUUUCCUGGCCUGUCUGCCCAUUGCUGGAGAGUAACUCACCCUGGUCCACCACCUGAACCCCAAUAUCUCCCUGUGAUGGGUGAACUUUGUGUACUGUGUCUUGGGUCCAUUAUAUGAAUUUUGAGCAGGAUUCAUCUAUUUUAAACACAAAUGUUUACAAAAUAAAGAAUAUUUCAAACCA